GAUGGCUUGACCGAUCACACCCAGCGCUCCUGAGCCAAAAGAAGCGACCAAAGCACGAUUGCCCGUACUGAGAAGACUGAGGCAAGCUAUUAACGAGUGUUCGAAAACCCCUCUUGAUGAUGUCCUUGUGCGGCACUUCAUAAUCUACCCAUUCGCUUUGCUACAUCGCAUUCGCCUCGCACCCUCUUUUUGCGCCCAAAUCGAUGGACUGGGACAGGCCCGAAUGCAAUAACUACCACAUACCAAUGACAACAAGAUAACAAUGGAAAACCUCAACAUCUCCGAUGCCCCUCCCCAGGGGCCCCAACCCGUUCUCGGCGGCCGCGCACCGCCUCCCCAACAGACCCCUCAGCUCCCGCCUCAGAUGUUCACCACUGCGGCACAGCUGCUGGACAUGACCGACAAGAAGCUCAUGGUUGCACUGCGCGACGGGCGCAAACUGAUCGGCGUCCUCCGUAGCUGGGAUCAAUUCGCCAACCUCGUUCUUCAAGACACCGUCGAGCGCGUCUAUGCCCACCCGGACCCGGAAGCCAACCCGCCCCGCGAAGGGGGCCUCUUUGCGGAUAUCAAGCGCGGCAUCUUCCUUGUUCGCGGCGAGAACGUGCUCCUCCUGGGCGAGAUCGACCUCGACAAGGACGACGAUCCACCCGUGGGCUACGAGCCGGGCGACCUCAAGCUGGUUCAGGGCCUGGCGAACGAGAGGAAGGAAAAGGAGAAGGCGCGCGACAAGGGGCGGAUCAAGAAGCUCAGCACACUGGGCUUCGAGGGCGAGAACAUGGGCGAGAUUCUGCUCUGAUUCUCCCUGGUUCAUGUUCUUAUUCCCCUCUCUCCGCCCUUCAUGAUGAGAUUUCUGCGCGGGAAAACCCUGACCACCAGAACAACAGCAACUCAGCUUAUGGUCUCUUUAUUCAUUCUCCAUAUGACUCACGAAUGCACGCCGAAUGAGAAUGGGUUCGGGUUGGGUUCGAGCUGGGAAAGGAAGUCAAACCCCGAGACCCGGGUGUGGUCUACGUGAUUGCCGAGUGAUACAACGCACCGGCUGUCCACUUUGUCCUUCCGACGCCCCAGUGGAAGGCUGGUAGGAUGCUUGAGCAGAAUAUUGUGAAAUGCUCAUUAUCCAGGGUCCGGUCAUCACGACCGACGCCAGCAG